AGGAUGGCCACAGCGAUCAUAAACACAGAUAUGUGUCAGGGAUUUGAGUCACUGAGAGUGGGAGUUGUACUCCCUACAAGUCCAGAACAUGCAGACCAUGGAGCUCUCGCAGUUGAAGGAUGUGAAGUUAAAUACAUAUCUGCAUUAAAUAGGGAACCAGAGUGCUUCACAUUUGAUCAGGUCGUAACAGCAGAUACUAUGGAGAGUUUUCACUCUGAGCUCCUGCAGCCUCUGACUGAGUUCCUAUCAAGUGGCUUUAACAUAACACUGCUGCUGUGUGGGACACCCACAGAGAUGGUUGAAGCCCUGACGGAAAAAAGCAUCCUUAGACAGGUCUUGGCUAAUCUGUCUGGUUGCACAAGAAUGCAAGAAAGAGCCGAGUCUUUCAUCUCUGUAUCAUUUCUUCAGUUUUACCCAGAUGGCAAUGCAGUGGAUCUAUUCAGCCUCAACAAAGAGACCUUACAGCUUGUAACACAUCCAGUUCUUGGAAGUGUUGUGGAAGGUUUAUGUGAGGUGUGUGUAUCUUCAGCAGAAGAGGCCUUUGAUUUUUAUAAAAUCUGCAGGGAGACAAUGAAAACCAACACAGAAAGUAUCUCCAGCCGAUGCAGUUGCCUCUUCUCAGUGACAGCUGAAUGGAAACUCCAUCCGCAGCAGGUGGAGUCGGAUGUCUGUCGCAGCAAACUGCAGCUGUUCAGCCUCGCCGGAGGAGCCAGUAGGACUGACCUCAGAGGGGUCAUCCCACUGUUGAAGAUUCUGGACCAUAAUCCUCCUUCUUCAGUCAGUGACAGCCUCCUUAAUGCUCUGCUUAAAGAUGCUCUUACAGGAAACAACAGAACAUUCCUCAUUUACUGCAUCACCUCUCAAGGUUUCGUCGAUGAUGAAACUCAAUCUGCUCUACAUUUGGCUCAGAAAGUGAGGGGAUUAGUUACUAAACCCACUUCUGUUCGCUGGAAUCCAAAGAGAACAGAGCAGGAGCUUCGUGAAAGCAUCCUGGAGCUACAAAAUGUGAUGCUGCUGGGAGAAAAUCAGGUUCACAACAUUUACAAGUUAGCUCAGCUGACUCAGAAUCUAAAGACAGUGAAAAAUCAGUCAUGGGAGAAGAGAAGAGAGGAGUCAGAGAAGAUAAAAGUUAAAAUUAAGAAAUCAUCAGUCAGCCCCCAGAUGCUUUCUGCAGAUUUCCUUUUUGAUCAUAAAGACGACACCGAAACAGCUAAAUAUCUGCAGGAAAGGUUAAGACAAGAAAUGGAGGAACACAUCAAAGAAGGGAAAGACAGUGCUGAAAAGGUCCAGGAGAGGGUGACCAGAAUCCAAAAGCUGAAAGAAGCUCUCAGAGAAGAAUCACUGAAGAACAGAAAUGUUUUAAGAGAGUCUCAACUCCCUCAACAAUCUCAGUUGGAAUACAAUGAAGCACAGGAGCGGAGGAGGCAACUUAAGGAGGAUCACAUGAGAUUAAUUCAGGAGGAGGUGGCGAAGAUGGAGAGAGACUUGGCGCAGGAGCAGCCACCGACAGAAAGCCCUCAGAGGGAGCUGCUGGUGUUGAGCAGAGAGAGGCAGAUCCUGCUGAUGCACAUAGAGGCGCUUCGUGCCGAGGCCCAGCAGGCAGAGAGCGACCUUCAGGAACAGCAUCACAGACACCAAACAGAGCUGCAUUGUUUGAGGGAGGAGAGCCUGCAGGUGUUCAGGGUGUUUCGUGAAGUCAGUGAGGAGCAGAGGAAGAUUUCAGAAGGCAGAUAUAGGAGCGUGCUGCUGGAAGCUGUGCAGGAUGCCAUCUACCUGUCAGCGCAGAACCAGCAGCUGCAAGCUGAGAACAAGCAACUUAAAAAAGCCUUGGGGGAGAUGAAAGAUGCUCUUGCUGUGCGAGGAAGUCCUGCGACUGACCAGAUAAACCAGCAGCAAUGAGAGGAAUCCUUUGUUGGUGAAUGCUUCAGAAAAUGUAUUGGUCAUUAAACACAGGAUGUAACACUUUAUCCCUGACAAUGUUGGUAAAACACAAUGGAUUA